AUGGCCAAAUCCCAAUUUUCAGGCCGACGCCCACAUGACCCGGUAUUUAAAACGCCUAUUCUGAAGGUGCAACAAGCAACGGAGAAUGAUCUCUUUAUGAAGAAAAUAUCAAUCAUAUCAGGAUCCAAUCCCGAAAUUCAGUUUCUGAACAUCAAACAGGUAACCGCCAGCUUUAUUAAAGACGUUUUGAGAUGGCCAAAAGGUAUCGAGAUGUUUGAUGUUCUCGAGGAAGACCAGAAACUUGAGCUGGUUCACAGCCAAUGGAUACGAAUUCUCAUAAUCACAAUUUGUGAAAACGGCGCACAUCUUCUGGAUCUUCAUGAGGAACUCUCCAACAUUGUAACUUUAUCAUUUUCAGCGACAAAUGAAGGCAAAUACGCAUACCUUUUGGAUUUGAAUGAUGCUCUUCAAAACCUUCAUAGGGAAACUCUUGCUUUCGAUCCAUCGUCGGUUCGAUUUGGAGUGAUUACCAUGUUUCUUGGCUCGGUUGCGCAUCUUAGUAUGGGUGCAAUUCAGAACAUGUUCGAAUCUAACGUUAAGAAAUUGCUGUCAUUGUGCCUCUGA